CAGAGAGCGAGAGAGAGAGGGAGGGCAGCAGAGGGAGAAAAAAGGCUUAAUUAAUUCAGGCUGGAUGGGAGGGAUGUUGCUGCCGUCCCCACCGAGCCUCCAGUGCCUCUGCUGUCGUGCUGCAGGAAGCCUCGUGUGCGUGGACGACUCUGCUUUCUGCUCUGUGUUUACCGGGAACCAGACACCGGUGAGCCCAGCCUCGUCUCACUCUCUCUGCCUGACCGGAGCUUUACUCCGAAACAAGGAUGAUACACGGAGCAGCGACGGAGCAGCAGUGAGCAGAGGUCAGAGACGGAGUUUGCUGUGCCAUCCUCAGCUUUGAUUGCCAAACGCGCUUUUUAUUUUUGUAUUUUUGGCUUUCAAAGUGACAUUUUGGAUAUUUGGAGCACCUCGACAACUUUUCAGACCAGCAGCUUUGGCAGUCUGGUUGAAUAUUAUCAUCUUUCCAGUUUCAUCCUCCAUGUGGCCUCAGCUUUUUAGACUUUCUGCCUCCUGUUUGCCUGCGAAGUGAGGCAGGGAUGACAUCCAAAAAGCUUUUCGCCUUAGUUUUAUUUCACAGUCUGACUCAAGGAUAGCCAUCAAUCCCCACAGCGGCACACGAGGACGACAAACUCACUGACACAGAGCCCCUGCCUUCGGCUUCAGGCAGCAUGGGAGACGGGAGCUGGGUCUGUCUGAGCCCUGCUGAGUUCGGACAGCUGCAGAAAUACAGCGAGUACUCAACAAAGAAGCUGAAGGAUGUGCUGGAGGAGUUUCAUGGUGAAGGAGUCCUCUCCAAAUACAACCCGGAGCAGCCCAUCGACUAUGAAGGCUUCCAGCUAUUCAUGACCACGUACCUGGAGAACGACAUCCCCGAGGAGCUGUGCCAGCACCUCUUCACCUCCUUCAAGAGCAAAACAGGAGGAUGCUCACCUGAGCCGUCACGAGCAGGAACCAGCUUACUGGAGGCCCGCUCCAUUGAUGCAGGAAUCUCUAUUCAGACUGAAGUGGCCUGUGCUCCCAUUACAGGGAUGAACGGGAAGAGCAUCCUGUCCGCAAUGGGUCGACACACACCCGAGCACUCCAGCGUCAUAAGCACGCCCGGCUCUGGAGCAACCACCUCCCCGUGUUCAUCCCGCUCAUCCUCACAGCGUUCAGGGACAGGGGCCCACACACCAGGAGGGCCCCAAAGAUCACCCGCCAACAAUCAGGUCAAAUCCUCAGAGGGCUGCAGCAACGCUCUGACUCCCAACGCCGGUCCUGCCAGGUCGCCGGUGUCGCCAAAACUUUCACCAGAGAGGAGUCACUCAGAGAAACAUCUGUCAUUGCGGAGGAGCCCAUCCCCUCAGAAAGGCUCCCCCCUGCCAUCGCCCCAGGUGGUCUUUCUCAAGGACAUUGUCUGCUACCUUUCUCUGCUGGAGAGGGGGACACCAGAGGACAAGCUGGAGUUCAUGUUCCGGCUCUAUGACACGGAUGGCAACGGGGUCUUGGACAGCUCGGAGCUGGAUCGGAUCAUCAACCAGAUGGUACAUGUCGCUGAGUAUCUGGAGUGGGAUUCGACAGAACUGAGACCGAUCCUGAAGGAGAUGAUGGAGGAGAUCGACUUCGACAGAGAUGGGACAGUCACACUGGAGGAGUGGAUCAGAGGAGGCCUCACCACCAUCCCUUUACUGGUCCUGCUGGGCAUGGAUACGAAUGUACAGGAGGAUGGCCAGCACGUUUGGCGUCUGAAGCACUUCAACAAACCAGCCUACUGUAACUACUGCCACACCAUGCUGCUGGGAGUCCGUAAGCAGGGCCUCUGCUGUUCCACGUGCAAGUACACGGUGCAUGAACGGUGUGUUUCUAAAGACAUCGCCGCCUGCAUCAGCACCUACGCCAAGUCACGCAGACACACAAACGCUAUGCAGCAUAUCUGGAUGGAGGGGAACUCUCCGACUAAAUGCGACCGCUGUCACAGAAGCAUCAAGUGCUACCAGGGCCUGACGGGACUGCACUGUGUGUGGUGUCAGAUCACUCUCCAUAAUAAAUGUGCAUCCAACGUGAAGCCUGAGUGUGACGGAGGAGCCUUAAGGGACCACACUUUGCUGCCCUCGUACAUCUGCCCCGUCGUCCUGGACCGUCAUUCUGUGGUUAAACGGGGUGAAGGGGAGUCUCCGCCCAGUACCAGCCCAGACGACAUCAACCAGACCUUUAAAUUCUCCCCUGGAGACGGACAAGCUCUGCAGAUCACUCCCCUCCCAGGGUCUCACCCCCUCCUGGUACUGGUCAACCCGAAGAGUGGAGGGAGACAGGGAGAGAGAGUUCUGAGGAAGUUCAGGUACCUCUUAAACCCAAGGCAGGUGUACAGUUUGGAUCAAGGAGGACCAAUGGUGGGGCUCAACUUUUUCCAUGAUGUCCCUAAUUUCCGGGUGCUCGCCUGUGGAGGAGACGGUACAGUGGGCUGGAUCCUCGACUGUAUAGAUAAAGCAAACUUUGCCAAGCACCCUCCAGUGGCCAUCCUCCCGCUGGGUACAGGGAAUGACCUCGCUCGCUGCUUACGCUGGGGAGGAGGUUACGAAGGCGGCAGUUUGCUGAAGUUCCUCCGGGACAUUGAGCACAGCACAGAGGUCGUUCUGGACCGCUGGAACAUCGACAUUAUCCCCGAUGACAAGGAGGAGAAGGGGGACCCUGUCCCUUACAGCAUCGUCAACAACUACUUCUCCAUUGGAGUGGACGCCUCCAUCGCCCAUCGCUUCCACCUGAUGAGGGAAAAGCAUCCUGAGAAGUUCAACAGCAGGAUGAAGAACAAGCUGUGGUACUUUGAGUUCGGCACCACUGAGACAAUCUCUGCAACCUGCAAAAAGCUCAAUGAAUGCAUAGAAGUUGAGUGCGACGGGAUCAUCCUGGACCUGAGCAACACCUCCUUAGAAGGCAUCGCCGUCCUCAACAUUCCCAGCAUGCAUGGUGGCUCCAACUUGUGGGGUGAGUCGAAGAAGAGGAGGAACUACAACCGCAUGAGCAAGAAGGUUCCUUACAUGAUGCCAUCGAGCACCGUCACGGACGCUAAAGAGCUCAAGUUCUGUGUGCAAGACCUCAGUGACCAGCUGUUGGAGGUGGUCGGCCUAGAAGGAGCGAUAGAGAUGGGUCAGAUCUACACCGGGCUGAAGAGUGCCGGACGCAGACUGGCUCAGUGUGCAAACGUCACCAUCAGGACGUCCCGGCGGCUGCCCAUGCAGAUCGAUGGCGAGCCCUGGAUGCAGCCCCCCUGCACGGUCAGGAUCACUCACAAGAACCAGGUUCCAAUUUUGCUGGGCCCACCUCAGAAGACGCCAUUCUUUUUCUUCAAGAGACGCAACCGGAGCCGUGACUAGGACUUGUGCAUGCAAACACCAAAUCACACAUGGACAGUUCAUAUUUACGCACACAUAAAUGCCACUGACUGUAUAGGCAGCUCGAUUGGACGACAUAUGUUAAAGACUGAAAGUGGCAAGUUUAAAAAUGGGAUAACAAGUGGAACAUUCCUUCAAUCAGGAUGCCAACAGAUGAUUUAUUCCCAAAGGAAGGCACCUGAAAUGAAUCGACUCCAAAUCUAGACCAGUCUGUGUACCCUUCUAGUCUCAUCUCCAAACUUCAGGCUUAGCCACUUGCAGCAGCCUAGUCUCUUCAUCCAAGGCACACCCUGCCCGAAAAACUCAGCCAUAUGCCAGUACCGCACUGCCCGCUAAAUCCAGCUACAACUGCUGGGAUUCCCUCAAUAAAGUAGAGGAAGUCAUAGUGAGAGAAAAAUGGGGGAGUUACACAAGUAGGUUGAAUGAAAAAUGAGGAAGAAUCUCCAACACACUACAGUGGAAGGGGGAAGAGUGGUGUGGCAGUCAUCGCUGCUGUUUACAAGAGAAUGGCGAGUAGAUAAAGUAAGAUCCACCUCUCGGUUUAAAACACCUGUAUAAAUAAUGCAUCAGUCCAUGCUUGUAAGAGCACUCGCUGCGGGCCUCCCCACAGACCAACAGCACGGUACAGCCCAGAACCAGAGGAGAGGAAAGAGCCUCAUCCAUUAUUGAGUUAUUUUGUUUGUGGGUUGACGGCAGUGGGGCGUAACAGUGGCCUGGAAACAUGCAGAGAGUUUAGCCCCUUAGCAUCACUGGCCUACAAAAACAGACCCUGUGCAGACUGGAGCAGCAGGAAGAGGAAGCGUCUAUCAAGAUGAGCAGUUGGAAUGACAAGAUUCUGGCUUUAAAGAUGAGAUUAGAGACAUUUGUUGUUCUUUGUCUAAGUUUAACGGACUCUCAAGGUGUCGGUGGGCCUAGGUUUGUGUACAAUGCGCACUGUUCAGAUCAAAAGCAGAGCAAAUUUUUCAUGCUGCAUAAAAUCAAGUCAAUACAAGAUGUAAAUAGCUUCAAAUUUAGUUUUUUUGCUGAUUUGCACCAGUUGAAUUUGUGCAGGAAAUUUGUGUACAGGUUGCUGUGCUUGUGCCAGUCCUUGGCUGAGAGGGUUAAGCCAUCACAUACAAAUUUUAUUUACUCAGCUUAGCAUCACUUCCAGCAUACAUGCAUAUUCUAGGACUGCUUCCAGCGUAAAUGGUAAGGGCUCUUUUAAGUGUAUUUCUCCCUCAGUAUGAGAACUUUAGGAAUGAAAACAAAGCGUUGGUUUUCUGAUUAGUAAAUUCACCUUAUAAUUUUAUGUUUUGUUGAACAGGAUCCUCAAAUCAAACAAAACUUAUUCUAAUGCUUUAACUAAGACUAAAUCUCUAAAAGCUGCCAAAAUUACCUCUGGAGUCUGUAAAGACCAUUUCAGACUAAAUGAAUUUUGCCACUUUUUGACCCAGUUUCAUUGCCAUGAAUUGUCAAAUAGUGCCAAGUGUCCCUAGUGGAACAAAAUCAACAAUGCAUGUGAAAUGUGUAAAAGCAAAAUUAAAAGCACUCUACAGCUUAAAAGAUGACUGUAAGUCGGUCCUUUUCCAAGAAAUCCUUGCACCAAGCCAGACAUAGCUCUCAACUCACCAAACCAGCUCUGGAUAAGAUGUUGAAUUUAAAUCAGCCCUGUGCAGCUCCCAGUGAAGCUAUGUAGUCAGAAACCAUGUACUGGUCUUUUGCUUGUCUGGCAGGGUGAAUUUUUGCAGUUUGUUUUUAAUCUGCUUUAAAGAAACACAAAUUACUUAGUGUUCAAACUCAUGGGAGUAAACAACAUGAAAUUUUGCUUCGCUUUUGACCUGUACUCAUCUGAAAGCCACCACCAAAACUGAAUCAACAGCUCUGAUGAACUGUAUGCCAACGGAUCUUUCUACUGGGUCAAGGAUUGAAAUAAAUCCCCUCAAGGGUAAAUCAGCAGGCCCCCGAGGGUUUUAUUUACCACAGCAGUGACAGAGGGACUAAAUUUAUCCCUCUAUUUCAGGGAUGCUCUAUCUCAACUCCAGUGAAACCCUAUGCCUAAUUACCGUGUCAAACAUCAACUCACAAUGUCAAGAGUGCUGUCACUGUGCAAAUCCUGGAGCCUGCCCUCGCUGCACGCUGCUGCUGGGCGGCUUUACUGCAGUCAUGGUUUGUUUGACCAAGCCAAAUGAAGACGUGAUGAUAAUAGAGGAGACGGACAAACCAGGGGGAAUUGUAUUUUCACACGAUGGAAAAAUGGAUGUAUCACUGAGAAACUGUCGACCAGAGAGCUCUUAGUUCAGUGUUUUUAUAAACACUAUUCAUAUUACUGUCCCCACAUUACAAAUAUAAUAUACAGUAUGUGCAGAAGGAUUAUAUGUAUAUAUAUGGAAGGUAGGUGUAGCUCACAUAUACUGUACACGCGAAUGUGGUUUAAUAUAUCUUUGUUAUUAAUGUGGAUAUCUUAGCUUAGAGGGGUUCAGAUCAGUAUUCUUCACCCAGCAGAGCUGCUGCAGUCACUCUCUGGAGACAGUUUUCCCUUUUUGUCUAACUCAGAUUGCUUUAACUAUAAAACAAAAAAAUACUAGACUGCUCAAAUGUACUUAUGGGGAGUAUACAUUUUUAAAAGUAGUCUUUUUUUUGAUAGUCGUGUGCUCAAAAAUGUAAUCACAGCAUGCAUACUAGUUGUGAUCAUGGAAAGUCUGAAGAACACCAUGGACUUAUCCAUCGCUGUUCCUGCAGAAUUCCAUGGCAAUACUUUUAACCAGAUUAUUUGGUCUGAUCUGACAUGAUGGACCCACUGUUCUCCAUCUGUCAUCCCCGAUCCUAACAAACCUUUACUACAAGUCUGUGGUGAGACACAUUAAACAUAUCCUUAUCACACUGUUGAUGUUUAUUUGGAGAAAAGAUUCAUGAUCUUGCUUUAGAGAAAAUAUUCUCAGUUAUGGAGGGGAAAAGACCUGAAGUUGAGAUUAUUUUAUUACACAUGCUUAACAAAUUGGCAGCUAGAGUAAUCUCAGUCUAAGCUCUCUGUGGACUAAUAUUUGAUCUGUUAAAGAAAAGUCAGACUGAAAGAGAAUGUAAAUGUCUAAGUGUUAAAAAUCUGAGUUGGACAUUUGUAGAAAACUGUCUUGAAUCCUGCUGACUCUAACCAGAGAGAGACUGUUGAGACGCUCUGAUGGUUCACACUGAGCUCCACUUUAGGGUCCGGCUUUGACGCCUUUAGACUCUGGUUCCCUUUAAAAAACCCUGAGUCAUCACUCUUGUACCCGGGCUCAAGGCAAACA